AUGAUUUUUGAACUUUGUGCAACGAUUCUGCUCAUCGGUUUCAUCUUAAAAAUGACGAAACGCCCACAUAACUUUCCACCAGGUCCAAGGGGAUUACCUCUGGUAGGCUAUUUGCCUUUUUCAUCGUGGGAUCCGCAAUAUCCACACAAGGCAAUGAAAAAAAUUAGCGAAGUAUACGGACCUGUGGUGGGAUUGUACGUGGGGCCCAGCAGGCCUGUUAUUUCCGUUUGCAGUCACGAAGCGAUGAAAGAAGCGAUGCUUAAUGACGACCUUAACGGUCGCCCAGAUUCAGCUGUCAUGAUGGCUAGAACGUUCGGAGAAAAACUAGGCAUUAUGUUUGUCAUGGGUCAAUUUUGGCAAGAACAGCGUCAAUUCACUAUGAGACAUCUCAGAGACUUGGGGUUCGGCAAAACUUCCAUUGAAGAUCAGAUGAUGGGCGAAGUUGGAGAUCUGAUAAAAGAUAUCGAAAACAAAAGUCAAUCAGAUCCUGAACGAAUUGUUGAUUUAAAAGGCAUCUUUCAAGUAUCAGUGAUAAACAUUUUAUGGGCUUUGGUCGCAGGCGAACGUUUUCAGCGUCACGACUCUAAAUUUCAAGACCUCCUGAGAGCUAAUGAGCUAUUUUUUCGGACAGGGAAAAUUUUUCGAGGAUCCAUGCCAGUUCCUGCAUUUCUUUUAAAACGUUUUCGCUUUAUUAGAGAAUUUAUUGGAGUGAAAGCCGAACUGAUAGAGCCAAUUCAAAAAUUCAUUAAGGAAACUAUUGAAGAUCAUCAACAACGAAAUCCAUCAGACGAUGAAGCUGGUGAUUUCAUAGACGUCUACCUGAAAGAAAUGAAAAAACAGAAGGACGAGAAUCCAUCAACAAAUUUCACAGAAAAGCAGCUCAUUUCGACGAUAAUAGACCUAUUCGGUGCAGGUGCUGAGUCAACAAGCGGCUCAAUCGGUUUUGCCAUUAUUCAUUUGGUUCGAGAUCAGCAGGUACAACAAAAGAUGCAAAUGGAAUUGGACCAAGUCUGUGGAGAAUUUUUUCCUACCAUUAACCAUCGUUCCAGCUUACCUUAUACUGAAUCAGUUCUGAUGGAAGCUCAACGUUGCAGCACCAUUGCACCACUCACUCCUCCUCAUUAUGCUAUCAAAGACACAAAACUUCUAGGCUACACAAUUCCACAAGGAAGUUUGGUCAGCCUGAAUCUGCAUGCUGUAUUCCAGGAUUCCAAGUACUGGAAAGAUCCGGAAGUGUUCCGUCCGGAACGUCAUUUGAAUGACGAUGGCUCUAAAGUAAUUAAAAGUGAUCAUUUCUAUCCAUUUGGCCUUGGUAAAAGAAUGUGCUUAGGAGAAUCUCUUGCAAAGAAUACCUACUUUCUCUUCACAGCUGCUUUGAUCAAGAAGUUUCGAUUUGAACCUGUUCCAAACGAACCUCUUCCGUCUCUCGACCCCACAAAUGGCUUCACUUUGGGUUACCAGGGAUUUAAAGUGGUCGUAACUCCACGUUCAUGAAUCCAUUUAAAAUACCAAUUCAAGAAAUUUUGUUUUCAAAGAAUAAUUUUCUUUUUCGUUUCUUGUGUGUAGAAUAUUCUUAGACGUCUAUAUUUCUGCAUGACUACACCAUCAAUAUUCUUGACUUUCUCAUUUGCUUGUGUUGCAUGAACUAGGGUCAAAAGGCGGGAAUAUUUCAGCGCGCCAUUAAACGGACAAAAAAAUGCAACCUUGACGUUUUGCAAGGAUUUUGCUUUUAAAUCAAAUCUAUAAAAACACAUGUUUUAUUUUUUAGAAUUAUUUAUAAAUUUCAUUAUUAAUUUAGUCAUUGGUCAUUGGUAAAAAAUAAACAAACAAAAGAAAUA